GUGUCGUUGUUUGUCCUGCUGCUUCAGAGUUCAGCUGCAUCCCCGUGAACACAUCCUCCGCCGCCGCCGCCGCCGAUCUCCAUCCAUCCCACGAGCGAGCAGGGGUGUCGUCGUUCGUCCUACCGCUUCCGCCGCAUCCUGAUUUUGAUUUGGCACUUGAAGCUUGUGUCAGCACACAAGGUAAAGAUCCUAGGUGUAUCCGCCACUGGCCGGGGUGGAUCUGGUACGACGCAGAUACCCCCACCAGCACAGAUUUCGCAACAACAGAGAAGAGCGAGGUGGGGCAAUGGAACAAGAAGCAGUGACAGCUUUGGUGGCCGAUCAAGAGGAAGUGGCGCAGCUCGGGGAGGGUAUCCUCCACCACUUCGAGGAAAUCCUCCAUCAAGACCCCCUCAUAGAUGAAGUGGGGUUCUUGCACCCAACAUAGUUCCAGUCGCUAGAACACAGCCAAACUGGUUAUUGGACAUCUCAAGCACCUGAAUGUCCUCGGAGAUACCUCUGGUGCAAAGACCACAAGCUUGCCAUAUCCAUGGAAAUCCUACCUAAGCUCUACCGUGCUGCACGGCAUGCAUACUCCAAUUCAGCAGCAGCCAAGGAUGGUCCACUCAUGGAAAUUGAUCUGAUGAGGCACAGCAAGGCAUUGCUCAUUCUUUGCCCUGACAUGCUCACUGCAUGGAAUUCGAGGAAGAUGGUACUAUCAGUGAAUUAUGAUUUCACUAAACUCAAGGAUGAGCUGCAAUUGUGUGCCUUGAUCCUUUCAUGCUCACCAAAAAACGAAAGCACCUGGAGCCAUAGGAGAUGGGUGAUCAAGAAGGUUUCAGAACACAACCAGGAUGUGUCGGAGCUUAUAGAGAGGGAAUCUGUACUAGUGAAAGAGAUAGCAGAGAAAUCAAAGAUGAACUACCGUGCGUGGAGGCAUCGCUGCUGGCUUAUUCCCUACAUGACAAGAGAACAGGUUCUGAAUGAGUUAAAGAAAUCAACAAGAUGGAACGAGUUACAUGUCGCUGACAACUGUUGUUUUCACUACCGACGGUCCCUACUGCUUGCAUUACUAGACAGUUGCCAUGUAGAGGACACAGAAGAUUCCCUUGAUAGGAAGUCAGAAGUUCAUUUACUGUGGAAGGAGGAACUGACGUGGAAUCAGAUGCUUAUCAGACGCUACCAAGGGAGAGAGUCUUUGUGGAUCCAUCGUAUUUUCCUCUCGCAAUGGUGGGUGAAGUUCUCGCUCAGCAGUGAGGAAACAGAGUGUGCUGCAGGCACUUCGCUGGUGGACCUCUUCCUAGCCCAGGAGAUAUACCUCCUGUCAGACCGCCUGAAUGCUCCUGCCGAUGAAUUUGGUGAGGCAUGUGUUCAAACUGAGCUUGCAGCCCUCUACAUUCUCUGGAUAUCAAAGCAAGUUCCGGCUGUGAAACUAAAGCUGGAAAAAAGGCUACAUUCGGUGGGGAGCCUGGAGGAUGUCUUAGCAAGGGCCUGCCCACUAUUGAAAGCAGAACAAGGACAUGCAUUGCAGCAUACGUACAGAGUUACUGAUGAAACGACGACAUAUGGUUAUCUAGUACUGUAGCCUGUAUGGUCUAAUAUGUUCAUUGUUCUGCUUUUCUGUUGCAGUCUUCUUUAUGUAGUGGAAAUACUGAAGAAAUGGCUAUGCACAUUGUACAACAAAGAGAAACAUGUAUGAGAGUUGGUGCAUUUGUCCUUUUUUCUUGAUUAGAAGAUCGUUGUGAUGCUUCA